UCCCUUUAUCACUUUAUGUCUUUACUAAAUAAUUAUUUACAUAGCCAGGCAGCUCAAUACUAAUGUUAAUCACCUUACUUUUCUCCAACAAAUUUCAGCUAUCACAGAAAGCUUCUCACGACACGUUGUAGCAACUCAAUAUCCGUUUAUCACUUUAUGCCUUUGCUAAAUAAUUAUUUAUAUAACAAGGCUGCUCAAUAUUAAUGUUAAUCACCUUACUUUGCUACAACAAAUUUCAGAUAUUACAGAGAGCUUCUCACUACACGUUUUAGGAUGUUAUUAAACAGGCGGGCAGCGGCGUUAACGCUGCUGCUGCUGCUGAGCGCAUGUCAGGGCGCGUACGGUGAACUCUUCUCAGCGUUCGCUGUGGGCGCGAGCAUCGUGAGCGCCGCGCUCUUCCAAGCCUUCUCGCCCCUCAUGUGCCAGGUGCAGGAGUGUUGUGCUCCUGGCAACGACUGGACCAAGCCGAAUAUUGACAAAUUAGAAGAAUCUUUCUCUUCCCGCCUCCACGGCCAGCACCUCGUGAACGAAGUUGUUGUCCGGGCCAUUCUGAGCCAUCACGCCGAUCCUCAGCCUAAAAAGGCUCUUGUGAUCAGCUUGCAUGGCGACACUGGCACGGGCAAGAACUUCGUAUCAGACUUGGUGGCCGAAGCCGUCUUUAAAAAAGGCCAAAAAAGCGCCUAUAUUCACAAGUUCAUCGCUUCUGUCAGCUUCCCACAUGAGGGCAAAACCGACGUCUAUAAACUGGAGCUUGUUGACGCAAUACGUAAGAGCGUUGCCGCCUGUGAGCGGUCGCUGUUUAUCUUCGACGAGGUGCACAAGAUGGAGCCCGGACUGCUGGACGCUAUUAAGCCAUUCAUCGACUACCACACGGAGAUACACGGCGUCGACUACAGGAAAGCGACGUUUUUGUUCCUCAGCAACACCGGCACCAAGGAGAUCCUGCAGUUCGCUUUGGACUGGUGGGCAACCGGCAAGUCUAGAGCCGCCAUUUCCCUCAAGGACGUCGAGCGUCUUGUUGAAAGAGGCGCAUUCAAUGAGAAAGGCGGCCUGCACAUGAGUGAGCUCAUCCAGCACUCGCUGGUGGACUUCUACGUGCCGUUCUUGCCCCUGGAGCGUCGGCACGUCGAGCUUUGUGCGCGCGAUGAGAUGACGUCACGGCGACUCAAACCUGACCCUGCAAUAAUCAAGACUGUGGCUGAUGAUAUGGUGUACUUCCCGUCGGAUAAUCCUCUCUUCGCUACCAAAGGCUGCAAAAACGUGGCGCAAAAAGUUCGGUAUAAUCUAGUGAACAUGCAACGUUUCUUACAUUGAAACACAUUUAUUACAUUUGUUUUGGUCAAUACUUAUACGUACUGCGGGUGAUUUUUAGCAGCCUGUGUUGGCUGCGGUUGGUUAUGUAGUCGUGCAGCUUUUAAAAUCGUGUUGUUCUCAAUUGUGUUGGAUGAUGUCUCUGGAACUUGCAGAUUUUUAAUCGUCUCAUUUUUAUCAUCUGUUGAACUUAAGGAAUAAUUCCUUGAUUUUUUUAUGUGGUGAAUUCUUCGUUGGUGUGACCCGAUGUUUCAAUUUUUUUGCACUUUAAUUCAUUAAAAAAUUUCAAAAUUACUCCCUAGUUCGCGUUGCGGUAAAUCAAUUACUGUUCUACAUGGCCUGUCAUUUCUAACUACUGAACGAAAUUUACUAGGCAUUGCAACUAAGUUAACAUGGAUAAGCUAUUAUUUCACUUCUUAUUAAUACUCCUGAAAAUGCUGUGAUAACCGCAUGAUGACUGAUAGUCGACCUGUAAAUAAGCGGCUCCGCUGCGUAUAAUGUGUAAAUCCCUACAUUUAUUUGAAGCAUUGCGUUAAAGUCCUUGGCUUUCAUUGAAUAUGUGUUGCGUGAGACUUGUGGAUUACUGUUUGUGGUCCUAAAUUAGUGUAGGGGCCCGAUUAUCGUUACUGUUUGAGUUCAGUACCAAAGUUACACAUUCUUCAUAAUUCUGCCUACUGCCUUCACCUCAACAUUUUUCUUUAACGACUGAACUAAUACCGUAGAACAUAGCUUAAAUCAACUCAAUUUUUAUGGACAGUAUUAUGCCUUUUUUUAUGUACGGCCUUUUUAAGUGAGAGUCUCUGUUUAUCAGUAUCUUAUCAAAUAGAAAUUCAACCUCAAACUGAAGGAAAACAGUUCUUUACACUAGAAGUUAGAAUUUUUGAUUGAAUAGUAAACGCCUUAGUUUAUUUACCCAGAAGGUAUGAUUAGUGAUUAAUUAUAAAAAGAGUUAGUUUCUUCAUCUAGGAGGUAUGAUAGCUUUGAAUAUUAGCACGAUUAUUGGUUUCUUCAUUAACGUGUGACAUGUUGGUCAGUCGUGAACAGAGCCAUAAAUCCUCUUAACGGUCUCAGUGCUUUGUCUCGUAUAACCGACAGGGAAGACUAUAUGCUUCUCUAAGACUACAUUCCCAUGUAAAUAUAACCUAGCUAGACGACUGCUUUCCUAGUUUUCAUGUAUGUGAAAUAAUAUUAUUAUAAGGCAGGGGCCUCCAAAAAAUUUUCACCAAAGGCCAAGAGCAAGUUUUCUGACACCUUUGCGGGCCGGUCACGCCCAUUCACUGUUUUCAGUUCAUGCGUAAACAGAAAUAAACGCCACGCUCGAUUUUUGUAAACAUUUUGUUGAACUAUGAGAUAUCCUCUGCGGGCCGGAUGGAACCUAGCCGCGGGCCGUAGCUUGGAGACCCCUGUUCUAAGGGAAAAAUAUAUUCAUGUUCAUUCAUUCCCAAGCGACGAGGUACAUCCGGCGCGCUAAGGUGCUUCUUGCGAUCGACCAAUUCCAGCGAAACUUAUCAUGAGGACAUAUACUCAUAGAGCAGCUAGGAACUAGAAUGUAACCUCACCUUGAGGCGUAGUUUCUGGCAUUACUUUUUCGAGACCUUUUUGUUAUUGUCUGGUGGGUAAUAUUGGUCCUCUGUCACGUUCUAUUCCCCAACGCCAGCAGCCUUGGCUACUUAGGUUAAAUUUUUAAUUCACGUAGGUAUAUUGCAAUGUAUCCUUAUACGAUUUGCUUUAAGAUCGAACACACACAGCAUGAUGGUUAAGAACUCGCACUAUUGCAGAAUUAUGUUGCUGUGAAUAAAUAUUCAAAUAUUGCAUCUUAUGACGUGUGUACCGGUCGAUGGAAAUUUUUCUUAAAACUCGUGUUAUUGAUUUACGUUAUUUUUCAUGGAUGAUGUGGCCGGAUAUUUUGCAUGACGAUUCUGAUUUGGUAGCAAAUUUUCUCAAUAAUUAAUUUCGUACGUUUUGUCUUUUUGAGAUCGAAGAACUUUUCUGCGGGGAGACAGUACGGGUUUUGAGGUCUUUGUGAACAAAGUUUUGGGUAUUGUCCUGUAAUGUUGCUGAACUUUCAUGUAACAAAUUUAACUUAAAAUCAAACUGUGCCUGACCAAGCAAAGGACAUUAUUCCCAAGCUGUGAUAAAAUCUAAUAAAAUAAAAUUUUUAUUUAUAAGUUGGACGGCCAGGAACUCUUCAUGUAAUUCAUUGCUAAGCUAAUAGCCUUUAAACGAUCCCUUGUAUGAUAGUUACUUUAAAACGCGAAUUUUUUAUACCUGAAUGCUGUCAAUAAUUGAAUAAGAAUGGUUGUGUGUUUCAAGAACCUGGAGAAAAUUU